AUGGGUAGACGUCCAGCAAGAUGUUACAGAUGGCAAAAGGGUAAGCCAUACAUCAAGUCUCGCUUCUGUAGAGGUGUCCCUGAUCCAAAAAUCAGAAUUUACGAUGCCGGUAGAAAGAAGGCUGACUACACCCUCUUCGGCAGCUGUGUUCACCUCGUUUCUGAUGAAAAGGAACAAAUCACCAACGAAGCUCUCGAAGCUGCUCGUAUUGCUGCUAACAAGUACAUGUUGAAGUAUGCCAACAAGGAUAACUUCCACUUGAGAAUUAGAGUUCACCCAUAUCACGUGCUCAGAAUCAACAAGAUGUUGUCAUGUGCCGGUGCGGAUCGUCUCCAAACUGGUAUGAGAGGUGCUUUCGGUAAGCCAUUGGGUACCACUGCAAGAGUCGAAAUUGGUCAAAUCCUCAUCUCCAUCAGAACCAAGGAUGCUUUCGUCAAGACUGCUUGUGAAGCUUUGAGAAGAGCCAAGUUCAAAUUCCCAGGUAGACAAAAGGUCCUCGUCUCCAGAAAGUAUGGUUUCACUGAUUACACACCAGAGCAAGUUGCCAAGCUCCAAGCAAGCAAGGAAAUCAUCUCAAAGGGUGUCCACGCCAAGCACAUUAGCAGCAGAGGAUCAUUGCAAAAGUGGUACGAAAAUAAGGUUGUUGCCCUCACACAAAAGGCUGAAACUGCUUAA